GUUGGGUAUAAAAGUAAAGGGCGGCUUAACAAUGGACUCAUUUGGCAACUUCGUCAAUACGGUAUCGGUGUGAUCUAAUUUAAAGAAGUAAUUUGUUGUGUUUAUGAUGUGGAUAUUUAAUAAUGAAGAAAUAGAAAAUCAACUCAUUUAAAAGUUUAUAGAAUAGUAUCCUGUAUUAAUAAUCUGCAAAUAUCGUCUACUUUCAAAAUGACUAUAGUGGAAUGACACACUGGAAACCCAAGUGCAGCAAAUCCCAAGCCAAUCUUAAUUAAUCAUAGCACCAGCGCUAAGCAAGUGAUCUCCUGGAUUCCCAAGAACAACGCAUAGUCUAGGAUCCCGAGUUAUAAAGGUCCUCGAAAGUUUCCACCACGCAUUCAGAUUGUGCGAUUUAUAUAGAGGCUUACAUAAUUUAAGAUUUUAGCUGACAACACUUAGUGGCAUCCGAUUCAGAAUUGAUUUUAUAAUCAUACCACUGACGAGUUAUGCUGGACGCUUGAGCUGAAGAUAUCCCUCAUACCAUGAUAUUCCCGGUUGCUGUUUGUUUACAUCCGCAUUUGAGCAAAAAGUACAUAGGAUGGCUUCGGGCCGACACAAGCAGCCUUUUGCAAGAGAGCACUCUCUUAGAAAGCUAGAUAAUGCCGGCCAGUUAAAUAUUAAAAAACUAGCCGAUGCUGGGUUCUACUUUCAUUUUGACAGCGUAACAAAUGCGCAAUAUAUCAAAUGCUACGCAUGUAAUUGUGUACUGAAAGACAUACGUCCUGAAGAAGUGGAGAAUAUUUGGUCAAUACACGCCCAGUCAGUGCAUUAUCCGGACUGCACACAUGUGUUGAAUAGGAAAGGACUUGACUACAUGCAAGAAAACCAGGACGGUCAGUGGGGAGAGAUGAAAGGUUACAACAGUGAGACUGUCCGGACAAGGUGUUGGAAAGAAAAGCCACAGCCUCGUGUCGUUUCAAAGAUUGAUGAAAUAACUUACCGGACCCUGCAACGGCAUUCUAUGGAAAAAGGUAGCCUUCCAACUGGGGUAAACUAUGCCGUUGAAAGAUAUCCUGAAAUGGCCUAUGAAAACAAAAGGUUGGAAAUGAUGAACGAUUCUAUGUAUGAGCAGCACGCUAAGGCAGGAUUCUUCAGAGAAAACAUCGGGGAUUUGGGUUGUUCGAUUCGACUGCGAUGUUUCAGCUGCAACGCUCUGUGGAUUGCUCCGGACAGGGAAGACCCUUGGGAAAAACACGUUUUUCUCCAACAUGCCUGUCCAUAUUUGUUGCUUAGAAAAGGGACAGACUUCGUUCGAGAGACGUACAGACGGAAUUGCAGGAGACAGCGCCUUUUGUCCAAGUAAUGUUUUGGAACAAUGCGAAUAUACUUAAACAAAUCCAGCAACCAGAACUCCUUCUCGCAAAUGUAACCUAUGCCCUAGUCACUUUGUACAAAAAGUACAUCGUGUUAUCUCAAUAUGUGUGCAGAAACUUGAAAAGCCACUAAGUAAACUAUGAACUAUUUCCGGAAAAGAGAACACAAGCAUCUGAAGUCGAGUAGAUUGAGAUCGCGUUGCUGAAUGUGGAUCAGACUGACUCGAAAGGUGUAACUAAUGAUGUGUGAUUUUUGAAUCUUUUUUAAAUUGAACAAUAUGUUAUUGAAUUUAUAGUAUCAGAAUAUCUUCAAUAAAACAUACAAUUGUGUGAAACAAAACGAUAUUAAAAUUGAUUCAUUUCAAACUUGUUGAAUAUACGGCUUGAAUAAAUGAUCUUGUUAGAUGUAUAUGGUAAGUUCAUAGCUAUGUAUAUUGUAUGUGUAUGAGGAGCUAGAUCAUUAGAUGUUGAUAUUUAUAAAAAAAAUAUUUAAAAAACCCAUUGCUAUUUGCAUCUAUUUGACAGUGGACGCAGCACGCAAAAUGCUUCUGUAAUCAUGUAUAUAACAGUUAAGUUGGAUGAGAUUGUUGUUGUGUGUAAUAGCGUUCGGUAUAUCUUGCACCUGCAAUUUCAAUUUCCUUAUGCACUGUUCUCAAAAUUCCAUGUAACGACGUGAAUAAUGGAUGAAAGUUGCGUGUAAAGCGUACCUCAUUAGUGUUGCUUUUUGUAAACGCAUAUUUAGAUAAAUUGAAACGAAUGCUCCGUCCGGCAACACAAAUAUUUUAAUCAUCUCUGUUGUCUUAAAACAAGACAGUCUAAUGUAAGGGAGACCAAAUUAAUUCAUACAUGAUGACAGAGAUUCUUAACAGCACUAGUACAGGUAUAAUCGGCACAUAAAAGAGACUUGUUUUCCUUUUUUUAUUGUGGGAAAAUUUUACGACCAAUGUUUUUAAAAGCUAAUAUCUCGAUUAUGAAGACAGCUGUUUGCAUGUUGAUAUGGCUCGAUCUCUAGUCCGUGUCAUGGGUAAAACAAAUACGUAUGUCAUUUUUGAGAGACCAAGAAAUGAAGCUGAGGUGAUGUUUGAGCCGACGCAAUUUUUGUUGAUUACAAAAGGCCUUUUAUAUAAACAUAUAGCAUAAAUAAUAACGCAUUACAUAUCUGUUACGAUAAAAAUGUGACCUUUUAAAAAAAAAAUAAUAACCAAAUGAUAUACUGGGGCUUUCAUGUUAAAACAAGAAAACCAUUGAUUCAAUGCAUCAAAGGGGUCCAUGAAAUAGCAUGAUGUAAGGUAUUAUAUUAUGAAUAGUCUAAUGUUAAGAAAGAAGCAGAAAUAAAUGAAACAGUCAUUGCAUUGCAAACUAUGUUAGUAUGUUCCAAUAAUAAAUGGUUUGAUGAGACGCAGUCGGCAAAAUGUUCUCCCCGCCGCCGCACGAACGUGUAUGAUAAUUAUCCAAAGUAAACCACUGUUCAGCUAAAUUAUCCAUGCGGGCUGAUGACAAGGCACAUAAACCCGCUGUGUGCCAUUAUUAUGUGAUUUUCUCAAAAUAAGUCAACGUUCUAAAAUCACAGAAGCGGCUGUUCCCGAUUGCAGCAAAAUGCGCGUCUGCGUUACAGUAUGUGCAAAUUUAUGUACUUAUUAACACAUUCGUAAGUUGCUGUAAAAACUGUUGUAUUUUUCCACCAAGGAACGCAUAACAAAACCCCCCACAUAAAAUGGGUUUUAUAUUAAUAGAAAGCGUUGUUGUGAUAUUUUAUAAAUUGACAGCAAAACACAAAAAGCGUGUCAAUCCCUCCUGCCAUAGAUGCUUCGUUUCAGUGGAUGCUCAAAUAAGCGAAUACUAAACUGACUGUAAAAGAAAACGCACCACUCACAAUAUGGGCAUUCAUUAUUUGUUAAAAUUAACUAGAAUUGUUCUUUGAAAGAAAAUUAACAUCUUAAAUAUUUUCUAUCGCUAAAAUGCAGUUUAUGAAAGACUAUAAAACAGCACACUCAAAAAGAUAUAAGUCGUCGUGUCGUUUGUGGUGUUUACAAGUACGUUUGUGUCUCUCGUUCAGUGUCGUUUGUGAGAGGCAUGGUUUAUAUUUGAAUAUUUACUGAUGUGCUUGUCCUUGUAAUCUUCAUUGUAUUAUUGUUCUGCCCUAUCACGUGGUAUGCAAACACUGCUAUAGAUGUUUUGUAUGUCUUGGGGAAAAUAUAUAUGGCCUAUAAUUUAUGCUUGGUAUAGUUUGAAUCUACUAGAAAUGUUACAAUUUUAUCGUUAGAUUUUCUUUUUCUUCUUCUUCUUCCUUGAGAUAUAGCACACAAAAAAAAGUAUGUCUCCAUACCGACAGACAGACAGACGUACAAGGUAAUUCCAGGAACGUUCUGAUUAAGGUCCACAAUACCCCCACACACACACACACACUCACACAAACACAAACAAACACGCAUUCACACAAAAAUGCGUCCGCUAAAACAUCGUAUCCAGGAUUUGCGCACAUUAAAAUUAAUAUGCUUGUACAGUAAAGGAAUUAUGUAAUAUAGGACCAAAGGCAGUUUACCUUGCAAACCGUAGAAAUGUAGGUUCUUCCGUGUACGUGUUGCGUUUUGUUUUAUCACGUAGUUAUUACAAAAUGUACUGACACGUUUGCCUAACUUCGACCGCGCCACGGGAUAUAUAAAUCGAAAUAUUUCAGUCAACCUGUCAAUUGCGUUCAUAUUGGUGUAUUCUGACUUGAAGAAGUGAUUUGUUGUGGUCAUGUUACGGGAAUUUAGGAAUAAACAAAUUGAAAAUAUCAUAUGAAAGUAUACAAAUGUAUUACAGAAUAUAAACAUUCUGCAAAUUUCUUCGACAUUAAAAAAGGAAUCGUGGUAUCCCAUGUGCUUAUCAAAAAAGAGAAUCCCGAGUUAAUCUUACCUAAUCAUUAUUAUAAGCUAAGUUGUUGUUUCGCUGGCUUCCCAGUUUAGGAUCCUCGGAUUGAUUAAUCCCUCGAAAAUUUCCAUCAUUCAAACAGAGUGAGUGCUAUCAAGAGGUCGGGGCAUACCUUGUGUUCAGCAACAUAGAUAUAUUUCAAUGUCUGAGAACGGUGAUUUGUGUCAGCUUCAAAUGCAGCAGUAUUGUCUUGAGCAGAGGGGACAUUUGGCCAUUGGCUGCGGAGUUUGCAACUUCACUUGCCAUGGACUGUCGCUGCAGGAGUCCAUCAGGCGACACAUCCGCGAGGUGCCAACUACAAAAUGCCUGGCCGCCAUUACGUCUGUUGGAGGGUUAGAGGUCAGUAGGAUCUGCGCCAAGGACGGACUAGUAUAUCCGGCUGGUAAGAAGGACUUUGUUUCUUCUCUUCUGGAAGUCUGGCCAUCAGAUGCUAAACUGUUCAGGGAAAUAGUCCUAGGGUCCCCAGCGACCCUGAAUAUGAGCCAGGGAAUAUGCAGGCGGAUGUCUUUCUCUCACAUGGACCCACGUUAUCUACAUCGCAUUGACACAGAUGGGCUGUCUGAGGCGGGCUUCUAUUAUUCUAUUGAGCGAGACAGUGUUCGUUGCUACUACUGUGACAUUUCCAUCGGAAAAUGGCGGGACCAUGUCUACAAUAGGGACCCUUUUGUGGAGCACUGCCUAACGCACCCAUAUUGUCCGCACAUCAUUUUGACCAAAGGCCUCUUUUAUGUGGAUGAGGUUCUACUGGGGAAAAGCAGGAAACGACAGAGAAACGCGGAAGAAUCAAACGACAACGACAUCGUGAAAAAGAAACUGAGGGAUAUUCCAACUGUAGAUAGAACUCCACAUCACCAUCCGAGAUUCUCAACAUGAAGAACAAAUAUUGUUGUCUCCGUUGCUACUAUUGAAAUGACCGUUAUUAUUAUUGUUAUUAUUAUUAUUAUUAUUAUUAUUAUUAUUAUUAUUAUUAUUAUUAUUUUUAUUAUUAUUAUUAUUAUUGCAAACAGUAGAAUCAUUCUUUGGAUAGCAUUGUGUGUUUAAAGCAAUACUUAUAUUAUACAAAACAAUUGCACAACCAACAUUGUCUCAAAAAUCGCAAAG